AGCUUUACAACCCCUCAUUUCGAUGAAUUAGAUGGCUGAACAUGGCGAAGAAAAGCUCAUAGAAGUCGCCCGCCACAUCGCCAAGACACUAGGCCGCACGGACACCAUGGCCAACGACAUCCUCCGAAUCUUCUCCGACUUCGACGGCCGCUUCACCCGCGAGAGACUCGCUGCCAAUCACCACCCAAGCGGUUCCAUCAGCGACGAACAAACCACUCCUAUCACCUUUUCCUCAAUCGACCGCCAGAUCUCCCUUUUCCUCUCCUCCGACCGCUCCAUAUGGUCGGAGGCCUCCGAUGCCGCUGCCUUCCUCGACGCUGUCGACGCCCUCAUCGCAUCCGUACGCGGUCACAAUUCAUCGCCGGCAGUCAACCGCGCCGACGAUCUCCUACAGCAGUGCAUGCUCCGGCUCGAAGACGAGUUCCGCUCGAUGAUAGAGCACCCUUUCGACGUCUCCCCAUUCGACCCUGUCCCACCUCCGGAGUUAGAUUCUGACGGCGAAGAUGACCCGAUCCCGGUGGCGCCACCAGUGACAGACUAUGAUUUUUUCAUUGACGUUCUCCCGCCAGGAACCCUCGCGGACGUUCACGAGAUAGCGAAGCGAAUGGUCGCCGCCGGGUUUGGUCGAGAGUGCGCCCACGCGUAUAGCCUCUCCCGCAGGGAUUUCCUCGAGGAAAGCUUCUGCCGUCUAGGGAUCCGCCUUCGCACUGCCAACAAAGUCGAGCCAGCACCGUGGACUGAGCUUGAGAACGACAUCAUUCGCUGGGUUAAGGGCACGAACGUAGCGUUCCGCAUUCUUUUCCCCAGCGAGCACCGCCUUUGCCGACGCAUAUUUUCCGGCUCGACCGCCAUCGCUGACCUAUCCUUUGCAGAAGCGUGCCGAGGCCCAGCAAUCCAGCUCUUGCGAUUCGCCGAUGCAAUUGCUUCUGCGAAACGUUCGCCAGAGAAGCUCUUUCGGAUGAUUGACAUGUACGAAGCUUUCCGAGAAAUAGUCCCGGAGGUCGAUGCUUUGUUCUCCGAUCAGUACUCGGAGUCCCUUCACACCGAGGUCUUUACCGUCUGGAAGAAGCUCGGGUCAGCGAUUCGGGGGAUUUUCACCGAGUUUGAUAACUUGAUCAGGCGUGAUCCAGCGACGGAGGCUGUUCCAGGCGGCGGAUUGCAUCCUAUCACUCGCUAUGUGAUGAAUUACCUCCGCGCCGCCUGUGACUCAUGGCGAACGCUGGAGGGAGUGAUGGACGAGGACGGAUUCCGCGCCGCGGCUGAUCCCAGGCCGGAGCAGAAAUCUUCGCCCUUCGCGGCACAGAUUGCGUGGAUUAUGGAGGUUUUGCAGGGGAAUCUGAAAGCGAAGGCGACGAUGUACAGGGAACCAGCGCUGAGCUGCAUUUUCUUGAUGAACAAUUGCAGGUAUAUGAUGCAGAAGGUAAGUAGCAGCAGUGAAUUGCUGAUGUUACUGGGAGAAGAUUGGAUCCGGCGGCAGGCGGCGAUGGAGCGGCAGUGGGCGGCGAAGUACCAGAAGAGCUCAUGGGGCAAGGUUAUUGCGGUGCUUCGAAUCGACGACGGCGGUGAUUUGCCGACUGCUGAAGUGAUGAGAGAGAGGCUUAGGAUGGUGGAUGUGUACUUGGAGGAGACCAGGCGAGCGCAGAUGGACUGGGUGGUGGUUGACGAACGGCUGAAAAAGGAGCUGAGGGUGGCGGCGGCCGGAAUCAUAUUGCCGGCGUACAGGCGGUUUCUCGAGGUUUACAGAGGACUGCUGGAGGAAAGAAGACAUGGGGAGAAAAAUUUGAGGCAUCAUAGCCCAAGGGAAGUGGAGAUGAAGAUCAAUGAGCUGUUUGAAGGAAGCAGGAGACCAUAGAUGUGAACUGUGAAGAAGUUAUAAGCUUUAUUAUUAAAGAUGAUACUUUAAGAAUAUUUUCAUCAUCAUUUUAACAGUGAUUAACAUAGAAAG